AUGGCUUGGACUGCAUCCAGCAAGGGUGCAGUCCACGUGGGUGGCGGCGAGAACGUCGCUGCCGUUUUACCUAGCAUAUCUGAUAUUCGUUGUGAGGUUCCCGAACUUAGAGGAGAUAACUUUAAGAUAUGGAAGGAGAGAAUUCUUCUUCAAUUAGGGUGCAUGGACAUAGAUUAUGCUAUAAGGAAAGAUGAACCACAUAAGAUCACUGAUACCAGCACACCUGAACAAAUUUUAUUGUACGAACGCUGGGAGAAAUCUAAUCGCCUUAGCGUGAUAUACAUUAAGACAAAAAUCAGUGCUGGUAUACGUGGUUCAAUCGAGCAACAUGAGAAUGUCCGUGAAUUGCUAAAGGCUAUUGACGAGCAAUUCGUCACUUCAGAUAAAGCCUUGGCAAGCACCCUAAUUAUGAAGUUCACAUCCCUGAAGCUCACCGGUAUAAGAGGUGUGCGUGAACAUAUCAUGGAGAUGAGGGACAUUGUGGCUCAAUUGAAGAAACUCGAGGUAGAAAUGUCUGAAUCUUUCUUGGUGCACUUUAUCCUUAACACUCUUCCACCUCAAGGAAGGAAGGUUAUUGAUGGAACAGGGAGAAAGUGCCAUGCUGGUGACGCAAAGGAAAGGAAAGAAAGGAAAAUCUCAAGCUAG